AAUGAAACAUAACCUUAUAGUUAACACAAAGACACAUACAAAGUUGUCUCUGCUAGUAGUUUAAACAAAAAUAAUGCCUUUAGUUGUGGUGACGGGUGUCCCAAGUAGCGGUAAAACUACAAGAAGUUUAGAGUUAUUAAAAUUUUUUGAACAACAAGGCAAGGAAGUACAUAUAAUAAGUGAAUUAGAUCAUAUUUUAAAGGCAGGGUUUGAAAAAAAUUCUUUUUAUGAUGAUAAAGACAAAGAGAAGCAUAUUAGAGGUGUCUUAAAAUCAGAAGUAUUGAAAUUGGUAUCUUCUAAUAAUGUUGUAAUAUUAGAUGCACUCAAUUACAUAAAGGGUUAUAGGUAUGAACUGUUUUGUGGAACUAAAGCUAACAAAUGCACGCAAUGUACAUUGCACACUGAAAUUAAUCGAGAUGAAGCUUGGAAAUUCAAUGAAAAUAGGGAAAACGAAGCUGAAAAAUAUAAUAGAGAAACCUUUGAUGCUCUAGUGAUGCGAUAUGAAGAUCCAAAUGGUAACAACAGAUGGGAUGCACCUUUAUUCACAAUAUUUCCUCAUCAAGUAUUGGAUCUAGAUGGAAUGUAUACCAAUCUGUUUAAAAAGAAAGCACCUAAACCAAAUCUGUCUACACAAAAUCCUCCGUUAAAAUCAACAAACUUUUUAUAUGAUUUAGAUCAAAUAACGAAAAAAAUAGUGGAUGACUUGAUUAAAAAUAAGAAGAGUGGGGUGAAUGGAUUAGUUAGUCUUUCUGGGUUCGAUGAUCUAAAUAUAGAUAUUACAGAUAUAAGUAUUCAACAAUUAAUGAAUUGUAGAAGACAAUAUAUAACUUAUUCUAAAACACAUGCACCUGAUCCUGAUAAAAUACCGAUGUUAUUUGUACAAUAUUUAACGACAUCUUUGAAAUAAUUUAGGAAAUGAAUUUGAUAAUUAUUUUUGUUUGUAUACAUUCAAAUGAUGGUAAUAUAAUAUUUGAAAUAAAA